UAUUUUACGUUGAAGUGUUAUUAGAGUUGUCAAAAUCUGCAACUUUUUUCUAUUUUGGAGCACUUUCUUCCUCUUGGAAGAUAUUAGAAAACAAAGUGAGGGUUAUUGAUCAAACUGACUGGUAAUGAGCGCCAACAGGCAAGGAAGCUCAAGAAAUGGCAGACGAACUUCGUCUGGGACUCCCAAGUCGCCUUCUUCGGGAGGAUUAACUUAUCCUACGAUACGACAAAGAGGUUAUUACUCUGAUAUUCUAGGAGGAGGAUCAAAAACAGAGCUUGGGAGUAUUACUGGUGGUCCAGCAGCCUCCAGAAGUACAUUAUGGAAAACUGCCAAAGUGAAGCAUAUGCCAGAGGUUCAAACAUUCAAGGGACCUAUGUCUUCUCAAGCAUUAAGCUCACUCUUAAAGGAUCAAGUUCAUGGGCCAACUACAGCACCUAUAACAGUUUCUGACUUUCCUGAAAAAUCUUGGGAGCCUAAGGUUCAACUCCCAUACAAGGCAGAGCCAGGUCAAGUUCCUAGAAAAAUUGAGAUUGAAAGACAAAAGCGUGUAUUUUCCAAACAAGAUAUAAACACACUACUGGAAGAGCUUGGAGUUAAGACAUCUGAGCUUAUGCCCAAAGGAGACUACAACAUGAGAGUGAAUCUCACAGGACCUGAUGCUGCCCCAUUUCCUGCCUUCCUACCCCUUUAUAUAUUUGAUGACACAGAAUUUGAUUGCCGCAAUCCAAAAGAGUGGCUGGAACUGGGUUUAGUUGAUGGUAAACAACAUCCAGUACCAGGAAAAGCACUGUUGUUGAGAGAAAGCAGUAAAAAUGGCAACAAAUAUGCAUGGACAGAUGUUGGUACUCUAGAUUACAAUGAUGUGAAACAGUUAUUUUUAGUACAAGUUGUUGGUACAGGAGGCCUCCAGCACAAUGUUGUCCCAACAGCUAAUGGAUUGGUGGAAAAUGGUACAGUGAAUGGUGAAGCACAUGACAAUGAGGAACCAAAAGGGAAACGUUCCAAAGUUGAAGGUUCGCAGUUUUGGGUUCCAAGAAUACAGCUAUUGUUUGCUGCUGAGGAUCCAAUUAACUUUGCUGAAAGAGUAUCCAAGGCAUAUGCCCUGCGCUGUGAAACAGAGGCUCUACUCAGAUACAAUCUGUAUGUUGAUUGCAUGCCUGUGGAUGGAGUGGUCAGGCUUGAUCCCAGCUCAUUAGAGAGAAUGAUCACCUGGGCUAAAGGAACUAGAACACUGAAGAGCGACAAAAGCUUAGAUGAACAUGUACACUUAUUGUCUAAAGAAAUCCAAGUUGACUUCUCACGGAGCAUGAACAGAAUCACAUUUGACAGGAUAGUCAGUAGUAAACCAGAAACGUACCCCUUUGUAACUCUUCCUCAAGAAGAGGAGCAGGUGAUUCCUGAACGAGGAUUCCACCCAGAUGUUCCUUUAUAUCCUUUUGAUGAGAAGUUUGAUGACUUUGCUUUCAACUGUUUGCUGACCAGAGAGGAAGCCAUAGUGGCUAUGGCUAAAGUGAGAACUGAAUGCAAUAAAGUUGCCAGCAUGUCAGUGUUCCAGGUUCCUGUGUCAAAAAGUAUGAAGCUGGAAGAAUUUGAGCAAACACAAGCCCAAGUCAGCACACAGGUACAAAUAUUUUUGCGGGACAGCUGGUUAAACACCCUCAGAACAGCCAUUCGCAGCAGCCUGUUGGAUGUGGGAAAGGGAUGGUUUAACAUGGAGGAAAGGAACUGGGAAGUUUACCAAAUCUCCAAGCUGGCCAAAUUUAUGCAGCUGGUGAAAUUUGCCAUGCAGGAUUCACUGCGUUACUUGGUACAGGACUCCUUGGCAGCAUUUACUCAGAUGAUCCAAGAUGCCACCUACAGUGUGAUGGACCUAGGGGAGGACUUUGAUUGGGGUGCAGAUAUCAUAAACAGUAAUUAUAAACCCAAAAAGAAUGCCUUAUUCAUGCUGGACUUGACAAUGGAGAAGGCAGGAGUUCAGUACAACACUGAUCUGGAGAGCUUUGGCCGAGUGGUGAUUGCGCUGUUUGACAAGGGCAUCACGUGUACAAAAAGUGUCCCACAGCUAGAGAAAAUGGUGAUUGAAGGCUUAUUCUGGAGUGGAACACCUCUGCUUGAGUCUGUUGGCGAGAAUGAACCAGAGGUGGUGAAACUAAGAGAAACUGUACGGCAGGCGAUCAAAAAGUCGCUAAUCCCACUAAGAGCUUAUGCCAAGCAAUACGAACAGUACUUGGAGUUGUUUAAUCUUGAUGUAAAUCAGUAUCUUCUUGAAUACGAUUCACAAGAACGAUCUGCAUCAGAAGUGAAACAAGAGAUUGAACGACAUCUAAAGGAUAAGGAGACUUUGGAAAACUCUCUGCCAUCGAGCAUCGUGAUUGGUCCAUACUGGAUCUCCACAGAAGGGGUCAAACAGGCUCUUGCAAAGAAACGGAAAGCUCUGGCUAAUGCUGUUAUUGAACUGUUGGCCAAGAAACUUCGUAAACAGGCUGAUAUGGUCUGUGAGGAGUUCAAGACUAUUGCACGACAGUUGUACGACAAACCAAACAGCAUUGAAGAACUAGCAGACCAAAGAGAAUAUAUGAAGCAGAUUCCGGAACAGCUGAAGAAGAAUCAGGAACUGAUUGACAAGGCCAUGAUCGACUAUGAACUAAUUGAAGAAUUUAAUUACAACAUAUCAGCGGAGGAUUUCAAUGCCAAGUGGACUUGUAUCGGUUGGCCCCAUAAAAUCCAACAGCAGAUGGAAGCGACUGAAGCCAACCUAGAAGCUGAUGAGGAGAGAUUCCAGAAGAAUCUGCUAGCAGACCAGAACACCUUCCAAGACAGACUGGAUUCACUGAAUAUGGCUGUAGCAGGAUUUGCUGCUCACACGGACCUCAGUAAAUCACAUGAGGUGGCGAAUGAGGUGCGACGUCUGACUAAACAGCUGAAGGAAUGCCAGACGCUUGCCACCACCUACAACAACAGGGAGAGGCUGUUUGGGCUCCCUGUCACAUCUUACGACAAGCUUGGCCGUCUGAUUAAGGACUUUGAACCUUUUAAGAAUAUGUGGCUUACAGCUUCUGACUGGCAGAAAUGGUACGACAGCUGGAUGAACGAUCCACUCACAACAAUCGACGCCGAACAACUAGAACAGAAUGUAAGUAAUGCGUUCAAGACGAUCUUCAAGUGCGUCAAGCAUUUCAAAGAGAUCCCAGCUUGCCAAGAAGUAGCCAUGGAGGUAAAAGACAAGAUUGAGAACUUUAAGCCUUACAUUCCACUCAUUCAAGGCUUAAGAAAUCCUGGAAUGCGAAGCAGGCAUUGGGACCAGUUAUCCAAAGAGCUUGGUUUUCCAAUCGUAGCAAAUGCAGCGCUGACGUUUACAAAGUGUUUAGAGAUGAAGCUACAAGAUCACAUUGAGGUUAUUGCUAAAGUAGCUGAGAUCGCUGGUAAAGAAUACUCCAUUGAACAGGCGCUUGACAAGAUGGAGUCAGAAUGGAAGCCAGUCAUGCUGGAGGUCAUGCCUUAUAAGGAAACAGGCACUUUUAUCAUGAAAGUCAGCGACGACUGCUCUCAGCUGUUGGACGACCACAUUGUGAUGGCUCAAAGUAUGUCGUUUUCACCGUACAAGAAGCCUUUCGAGGAGCGAAUCACCACUUGGGAGAGCAAGCUGGUGAUGACACAGGAUGUUAUGGACGAGUGGCUACAGUGUCAGCGCCAGUGGCUGUAUCUGGAGCCCAUCUUCAGUUCGGAGGACAUCAACCGACAGUUGCCAGUUGAAAGCAAGAGGUAUCAGACCAUGGAGAGGAUAUGGAGGAAAGUGAUGAACAGUGCUAAGGGAAAUCCACAGGUUAUCUCUCUGUGCCCAGAUGCCAGACUUCUGGAGAGUCUUCGUGAAUGUAACAAGCUGUUAGAACAGGUUCAAAAAGGACUCAGUGAAUACCUGGAGACGAAACGUUCAGCUUUUCCCAGAUUUUACUUCCUAUCAGAGGACGAACUUCUCGAGAUUUUGUCUCAGACGAAAGAUCCCACUGCUGUACAGCCUCAUCUGCGCAAGUGCUUCGAGAAUAUCGCUAAGCUUUCAUUCGAGGAAGACCUGCGCAUUUCUUCCAUGUUCUCUGGCGAGGGAGAAUGUGUCCCAUUCAGCAACAGUCUGUACCCUACAGGAAAUGUGGAGGAUUGGCUACUGGAAGUGGAGAAUACCAUGAGAGGGAGUUUGCGAGAAAUUUUACACAGAGCUUUAACACUGUAUCCAGAGACUCCUCGGACCGAGUGGGUGUUACAGUGGCCUGGGCAAGUAGUUAUCGCUGGAGCCCAGACUCACUGGACCAAAGAAGUAUCAGAAGCAUUGAUUGAGAACAAGAUAGACGAACUUUAUAAGGGCUUAAUGGCUCAGCUCAACGAUCUCGUAACCCUGGUGAGAGGAAACCUCAGUAAGCUUGCACGGAUGAUUCUUGGGGCUCUUAUCGUGAUUGAGGUGCAUGCUUGCGAUGUGGUAGCAAAGAUGAUCUCGGAGAAAGUCAAGAAUGUAAAUGACUUUGAGUGGAUCAGCCAGUUGAGGUAUUACUGGGAAGACGACAUGAUUAUCCGCGCGGUCAAUGCACAGUUUGACUAUGGCUACGAGUACCUAGGGAAAACAGGUCGGUUGGUCAUCACCCCCCUGACAGAUCGCUGUUAUUUAACUCUUACUGGAGCUCUACAUCUGAAAUUUGGAGGGGCACCCGCUGGUCCUGCUGGAACGGGAAAGACAGAGACCACAAAGGACUUAGGUAAAGCCAUGGCAGUUCAGUGUGUUGUAUUCAACUGUUCUGAUCAGCUGGAUUUCAUGGCCAUGGGCAAGUUCUUCAAGGGUUUAGCCAGCGCCGGUGCUUGGGCCUGCUUUGAUGAGUUUAAUCGUAUAGACGUAGAAGUAUUGUCUGUGGUAGCACAACAGAUUUCCACCAUCCAACAAGCUUUGGAAGCGAGGGCUGAACGCUUCAUGUUUGAAGGAGUUGAGCUGGCACUGAAACCCUCAUGUGCUGUGUUCAUUACAAUGAAUCCUGGAUAUGCUGGAAGAACAGAACUUCCGGAUAAUUUGAAGGCUUUAUUCCGUCCUGUGGCCAUGAUGGUUCCAGAUUACGCGCUGAUCGCCGAGAUCAGUCUCUUCUCAUUUGGUUUUUCUGAAGCUAAAGCUCUAGCGAAAAAAAUUACCACCACGUUCAAGUUGUCAUCAGAACAACUCAGUUCUCAGGAUCACUACGACUUUGGUAUGCGAGCUGUGAAGACUGUCAUAUCGGCUGCUGGAAACCUGAAGAGAGAAAAUCCAGAGAUGAGCGAGGAACUUAUUGUACUGCGUGCCAUACGAGAUGUAAAUGUGCCGAAGUUUUUGCAAGAUGACUUGAAACUAUUCCGUGGAAUAGUUUCUGACCUGUUCCCUAAAGUCAAAGAACAACCUAUUGAUUACGGUGACCUGGAAGAUUCCAUCCGUAAGACCUGCCUGAAAAUGGGACUUGAAGAUGUAGAUGGAUUUGUGACCAAGUGUAUCCAGCUGUACGAGACAACAGUAGUCAGACAUGGGCUCAUGUUGGUGGGUCCUACUGGAUCAGGGAAAACAAGAUGUUACGAAGUGCUCAAGAAAGCUUUGACGUCACUGAAAGGUAAAGAUUCACCAGCAGGGACUCCGUAUGAAGAGGUCCACACGUUUGUGCUGAAUCCCAAAUCCAUAACAAUGGGACAGCUCUACGGAGAGUUUGACUUGUUGACUCAUGAAUGGACCGAUGGUAUCUUGUCUUCUAUGAUACGGGUUGGCAGCUCAAGCACAACUAGUGACAAGAAAUGGUACUUGUUUGACGGGCCCGUAGACGCCGUGUGGAUUGAAAACAUGAACACCGUGCUUGAUGAUAACAAGAAACUUUGUCUUACAAGUGGAGAGAUCAUCAAAUUAACUGAGGCAAUGACGAUGAUGUUCGAAGUCCAGGACCUUGCCGUUGCCUCCCCAGCUACUGUUAGCCGCUGUGGUAUGGUGUACUUAGAGCCCAGCAUCUUGGGCCUUAAGCCUUUCGUGAACUGUUACUUGAAAACGUUGCCAGACGGUAUCUUUGAUCAUAAGGACAAGUUACAGUCACUCUUUGAUAAAUUCUUAGAGGAUUCUCUCAAGUUUAUGAGGAGUAACACGAAAGAGUUUGUACCGACUGUCAAUAGUAACCUGACAUCCAGCCUGAUGCGCAUUCUGGAUUGCUUCUUUGCUCCAUUUGUGCCUAAAGAGGGGGAGACGAUUCGUUCAGAACACAUCGCUUUGGCUGAAUCCCUGAUUGAACCCUGGUUUAUCUUCUCCCUCAUCUGGUCCGUUGGAGGAACAUGUGACGGGGACGGAAGAAAGAAAUUCAGUGAAUAUCUAAGGAAGAAAAUGGAUGACGAGAAGAUUUCUAUGAUGUUUCCAAGUGACGGUCUGGUAUACGAUUACGCACUGGAGGAUGGUGGAGUCAGUCGAAAGCGCGGAAAGGAUGAUGACGACGAGGAUGAACAUACAGGGGAGGUGAAGUGGGUUAACUGGAUGGCUAACGUAUCUAUGCCUGACAUUCCACCGGAGAUGAACUUCUCCGAUAUCAUCAUACCCACCAUGGACUUAGUCAGAGGUUCAUUUCUGCUAGAAACGCUGUUAACAAACAACAAGAAGGUGAUGAGUGUUGGACCAACUGGCUCCGGCAAAACUCUUUGUAUAGCGAACAAACUUUUGAAUGAUAUGCCUAAAGAGUUCCUGUCGCAUUUCUUGAAUUUUUCUGCUCGAACAUCAGCUAAUCAAACACAAGACAUUAUAGACAGCAAACUAGACAAGAGACGUAAAGGUGUAUUUGGCCCUCCAUUGGGGAAACACUUCGUGUUUUUUGUCGACGAUCUUAACAUGCCUGCCCUGGAAGUGUAUGGAGCCCAGCCUCCGGUGGAAAUCCUGCGUCAAUACUGCGAUCAUAAGGGCUGGUACGACAGGAAAGCCAUCGGAACUUUCCGUGAACUGGUCGAUAUAAACUUUAUAGCGGCAAUGGGACCCCCAGGAGGUGGUAGGAAUCCCGUCACACCCCGAUUCCUCAGACACUUCAAUCAUUUGUCGUUCACUGAGCUGGAAGAUGAGAGUAAACAGAGAAUUUUCGCUACAAUUCUGAAGUCCUGGAUAGCUUCAUACGCAGGUGAGGACAAAGAGACACUCUGUGAAGGUUUGGUACGGAACACCAUCGCCGUUUAUAACACUGUUAUCACACAGCUACUGCCCACUCCAGCCAAGAGCCACUACACCUUUAACCUGCGUGACUUGUCAAAAGUUUUCCAAGGAAUCCUCAUGGCUCAAUCGGAGAAACUUGAGAACAAAGAAGCUGUGCUGCGGCUGUGGUACCAUGAGAACUGCCGAGUGUUCCAAGAUCGACUGGUAAAUGAUGAGGACAGGAAGUGGUUCGUGGAUCUGAUUCGAGACAAGAUGGCGUCUGGGUUUGAGUCGUCCUUGAAUGAUGUUGUCAAAGAUUCCACCAUGAUUUAUGGCGAUUUUAUGGUGCCCAGUGCUGAGAAUAAAAUUUAUGCUGAAGUUGCCAGUUUUGAAAAGAUGGUGAAAAUAAUGGAAGAGUACCUUGAUGACUACAAUCAGAUAAACACGGCGCAGAUGAAGUUGGUGCUCUUUACUGACGCUGUUCGUCACGUGUCACGAAUCAGCCGUGUGAUUCGCCAGCCGCUGGGUAACGCUCUACUUCUGGGUGUGGGAGGUAGCGGACGUCAGAGUCUGACAAGGCUCGCGGCCCACAUGGCUGAAUACGAGUGUUUCCAGAUUGAGUUAGCGAAAAAUUAUGGUGUUCCUGAAUGGCGGGAAGACCUAAAAAAGGUGCUGCUGAAAUCAGGUGUAGAGAACAAAUCGAUGGUGUUUCUUUUCAGUGACACACAGAUUAAGAGCGAAAGUUUUUUAGAAGAUCUUAACAACGUGCUAAAUGCUGGUGAUGUACCUAAUAUCUUCGCACAAGAUGAGCUGGACACGAUCUUCACAGCUAUGAAGCCGGUCGUUCUUGAUCAGGGUCUUCAGCCCACUAAAGCCAAUCUAUACUCAGCUUUCACCAAACGAGUGCGAGCCAAUACACACACUGUUGUCUGUAUGAGCCCAAUUGGUGAAAUAUUCCGAGCACGUCUUCGCCAAUUUCCGUCUUUGGUCAACUGCUGUACCAUUGAUUGGUUCUCCGCUUGGCCGAAGGAGGCCUUACGAUCCGUGGCGUCGACCUUCCUCGGAGAAAUUCCCGAACUGGAUGAAUCUUCGGCAAUGGAAGGCUUGGUGUCAAUAUGUGGAGUUAUUCAUCAGACAGUGGCUCAAAAGUCAAAGCAAUACCUGGCUGAGUUGUCCCGCCACAACUAUGUUACUCCCACCAGGUAACGAGUAGAGAUUGUGGUAUAUGUUGACCCGCCACAACUAUUAGAGAUUGUGGUAUAUGUUGACCCGCCACAACUAUGUUACUCCCACCAGGUAACGAGUAGAGAUUGUGGUAUAUGUUGACCCNGUACAGCUGAUGAAGUGGAGAAGCUACAGGAAGAAUUAGAGACCAUGCAGCCGUUGUUGGCUCAGGCAGCUGAAGAAACUGUAGAGACAAUGGAGAAGAUCAAAGUGGACUCGGUUGUUGCUAACGAGACAAAAGUUAUUGUACAACGAGAAGAAGAGGAAGCCGCUAAGAAAGCUGCAGAGACCCAGGCCAUCGCUGAUGACGCCCAGAGAGACUUGGACGAGGCCCUGCCAGCACUGGAAGCAGCCCUGACGAGUCUAAAAUCUUUGAACAAAACUGAUGUCGUGGAGGUUCGUGCUCUUCAGCGUCCUCCUCCAGGUGUAAAGCUUGUGAUUGAAGCUGUCAGUAUAAUGAAAGGUGUCAAACCCAAGAAGAUUGCAGGAGAAAAGGUUGGAACAAAAGUUGAUGACUACUGGGAGCCUGGUAAAGCUUUACUUCAAGACCCUGGGAAAUUUCUUGAAGGUCUUUUCAAGUUUGACAAGGACAACAUACCCGAUCCAGUGAUUCAGAAAAUACAACCGUAUAUUGACAACGAAGAUUUCCAGCCUGCUAACAUCGCGAAGGUGUCUAAGGCGUGUACGUCCAUCUGCCAGUGGGUACGAGCUAUGCACAAAUAUCACUUUGUGUCUAAAGCAGUGGCUCCUAAACGGGCUGCUCUAAAACAAGCCACAGAAGAGCUACAAGAAACCCAGCGAGUUCUUGCGGAAGCUAAAGCUCGGCUAGCCGAGGUGGAGGAGGGCAUUGCGUCCCUUCAGGCCAAAUACGAGGAGUGUAUUGCCAAGAAACAGGAAUUAGAAUUCAAAACAGAACAGUGCUCGGCCAGACUGGGUCGAGCUGAAAAGUUGAUUGGUGGCCUCGGUGACGAAAAAAUCCGCUGGCAUGAAUCAGUGCUGUCAUUUGAUGGUCAGAUUGUAAAUAUUGUUGGUGACGUCAUGAUUUCAUCCGGGGUCAUCGCCUACCUUGGCACCUUUACGGGCGAAUACCGCGUAUCAAUGGUCGAGGAAUGGUUAAGAGAAUUACGUGGUCUGGAAAUCCCUCAUUCAGACAACUGUUCACUCGUGCCAACACUUGGAGAUCCUGUAAAGAUUCGGAACUGGCAGAUCGCUGGUUUGCCCCGUGACACGCUGUCUGUGGAGAAUGGUGUUAUUGUGCAGUUCUCUCAGAGAUGGCCGCUUUUUAUUGACCCUCAAGGGCAGGCUAAUAAGUGGAUUAAGAGCUUAGAAAAAGACGCUGGUCUUGACGUAAUCAAACUCAGCGACCGAGAUUUCCUAAGAAGCUUAGAAAACGCUGUGCGUUUCGGUAAACCGUGCUUGUUGGAAAAUGUUGGAGAGGAACUGGAUCCAGCUUUAGAACCUAUCUUGCUAAAACAAACGUUCAAGCAGUCAGGCAGUACAGUGAUCAAACUCGGAGACGCCAUUAUCCCUUACCACGAUGACUUUAAGUUUUACAUCACUACAAAGCUUCCUAACCCACACUACACUCCUGAGGUGUCCACAAAGGUCACAAUUGUCAACUUCACUCUUUCACCAGGCGGUCUUGAAGAUCAGCUGUUAGCUCUAGUGGUUGCUGAGGAGAGGCCUGAUUUAGAAGAAGCUAAGAAUCAGUUGAUUGUCAGCAAUGCAAAAAUGAAACAAGAGCUCAAAGAGAUUGAGGACAAGAUUCUCCACAAACUAUCGGCAUCUGAAGGCAGCCCUGUGGAUGAUAUUGAUUUAAUUCACACGCUAGAGCAGUCCAAAGCCAAGUCCAUGGAAAUCAAGGCUAAAGUGGUGAUUGCAGAACAGACUGAAAAAGAUAUUGACGAGACACGUAGUCAAUACAUCCCUGUAGCUGUCAGAACUCAGAUACUCUUCUUCUGUACUUAUGACUUGGCCAACAUAGACCCUAUGUACCAGUACUCUUUGGAGUGGUUUAUCCGCAUCUUUCUUAACAGCAUAGCUAACGCUGAUGCGUCAGAUAACUUGGAAAAGCGAAUCGAGAACAUCAACAACUAUUUCACAUUCAGCUUGUACUCUAACGUGUGUCGCAGCUUGUUCGAAAAAGAUAAACUUUUGUUCUCAUUCCUCGUGUGCGUCAGAAUCCUGAUGAACGACAACAAGAUCAACAUGGAUGAGUGGCGUUUCCUAUUGGCUGGUGGCUCCGCUAUUCCCAAGGAGAUUGAGAACCCCGCCCAAGAUUGGCUGUCAGACCGAGCUUGGUCCGAAAUACUUCGACUACCAGUGCUACCCAAGUUUGCCAAUUUUGCUGAAGACUUCAAGAAUCACAUUGAGGGAUAUCGAAGAAUGUUCGACAGUGCUGACCCUCACCGUGAGCCGUUGCCUGAACCGUGGAACAGUGACCUGGAUUCUUUCCAGAAGCUUCUUGCGUUUAAAUGCUUGAGAGCUGACAAAGUUACCAAUGCAAUGCAGGAUUUUGUUUCUGAAAAUCUUGGCCAGCGAUUCAUUGAACCGCAGACGACAGAUUUGUCUCUUGUAUUUAAAGACUCGUCACCUACCACCCCACUCAUCUUCGUGUUGUCAGUUGGAACUGACCCAGCCGCAGACCUAUACAAAUUUGCUGAAGAAAUGAGGUUUUCAAAGAAACUUAGUGCGAUUUCUCUCGGCCAGGGUCAGGGUCCUCGUGCAGAAGCUAUGAUGCGCUCGGCCAUGGAGCGCGGAAAGUGGGUAUUUUUCCAGAACUGUCAUCUAGCCCCGAGCUUUAUGCCCAGUCUCGAAAGACUCGUGGAGAACAUUGAUCCAGACAAGGUACACCGUGACUUCCGCCUGUGGUUAACUAGCAUGCCAAGUCCCAAGUUUCCUGUCUCCAUUAUACAGAAUGGUUCAAAAAUGACCGUGGAACCUCCGCGGGGGAUUAAAGCCAACUUAUUGAGAUCUUUCACUGGAUUUAGUGACGAGUUCUAUGCAAGCUGUAAAAGGGAAGAAUUCAAGUUCCUUCUUUUCUCGCUGUGUCUUUUCCAUGGUGUCACCUUGGAGAGAAGGAAGUUUGGUGCGCUGGGUUUUAACAUCCCAUACGAAUUUACCACUGGAGACUUGAGGAUUUGUAUCAGUCAACUGAGCAUGUUCUUAGAGGAGUACGAAGAGGAAAUACCAUUCAAGGUCUUGAAAUAUACCGCUGGCCACAUCAAUUACGGCGGUCGUGUGACCGAUGACUGGGAUCGGCGUUGUAUAAUGAACAUCUUAAAUGAUUUCUACUCACCUGACGUGCUCAGCACUGAGCACAAGUUUUCCGAAUCUGGAAUUUAUCAUCAGCUUCCUCUAACAUCUGAUCACGAGCAUUAUCUUCGUUACAUUCGUGGUUUACCGAUCAACGACACUCCAGAGAUAUUUGCUCUUCAUGACAACGCUAAUAUCACUUUUGCUCAGAACGAGACGUUUAGUUUGCUUCAAGGAAUACUCAAGAUGCAGCCACGUGCGUCAUCUGGCGCGGGAAGGUCGCGUGAAGAGGUGAUGGAAGAAGCUGGCCGCAAUAUCCUAGAGAAGGUACCUCAACCCAUUUCUGUUUCCAUGGUGAUGGAGAAACACCCUGUGCGGUACGAGGAGUCGAUGAACACCGUGCUAAUCCAAGAAGUGAUUCGAUACAACAAACUGUUGGAGACUGUCAGACUGACACUAAAUGACCUGCUUAAAGCGCUCAAGGGGCUGGUGGUGAUGUCACAGGCUCUGGAGACAAUGUCAAACAGUAUUUUUAUCAACUCUGUGCCGGAAUUAUGGGCCAGUAAGGCCUAUCCGUCUCUAAAACCGCUGGCGUCCUGGGUAACUGAUUUGGUGGCUCGAGUUCAAUUCAUUGACAAGUGGAUUGAACAUGGAAUACCUCCAGUGUUUUGGAUAUCAGGUUUCUUCUUCCCUCAAGGAUUUUUAACCGGAACUCUGCAGAACUUUGCGAGGUCUUCUUCGAUCUCAAUCGAUGUGAUCACGUUCGACUUCGAGGUUAUGAGGAAAACCGAAGCUGAGUUAACCUCUCGUCCUAGUGACGGAUGCUUCAUUCGGGGUCUUUUCCUCGAAGGUGCUCGAUGGGAUUACGACAAACACGAAUUGACCGAAUCCCGACCGAAGGAGCUGUACACCGACAUGCCGAUCAUUUGGUUGAAACCGACGGCGAACCGAGAGAAGCCGAGCAAGGGUAUCUAUGACUGCCCAGUGUACAAAACCUUGACCAGAGCAGGUACACUAUCUACAACAGGCCAUUCCACAAAUUUUGUUCUUCCAAUUGAGCUGCCAAGCAGUCAGCUGCAACGCCACUGGAUCAAAAGGGGUGUGGCACUCAUGUGCGCUUUGAACUAUUAAACUGUUUCGUAGAGUCGAACAAGCUACAGGCGUUUGGUUUUCGAUAAAUUUCAGACGACAUUGUUGGGUUGCAUAUGUAAAUAGUUCCAUAUUUUUGUACGUUGUUUGUGCCAACGUUUCUUUCGUGUGUUUGAAUACCAGUUCGUGUAAUGUAUACAGACGGUUUUUCAAGUUGAAUCUUGUUCAUAAACGAUCAAGGAGGAACGUGACAAAAUGUUUUGUAAAUAGGAACUUUCACAACCAGUGCUACAUUGUCAAUUAUGUUUGAAUAUUUGGUAAAAUAUUAAAUAACAUAAAAUUUGACUUUUCCAUUCAUGUGCAAUUUCUCAACAUGCAACUUCAGCAAGUUCUUUAGUGGACAUUUUAUAAUAACACUUCCCAUAAUAAGAGUGUAUUGUUCAGAUACCAUGGCUGCCCUUGCACAACUGUUGACAUUUUAGUGAUGCAUGAAUACUUGAAAUUUCAACCAUAAGACAUUUUCUCAUGGGUAAACCUUCAUUGCAACUGUUGUGAAGUGUCUCUAAAAUGUGUUUCACAAUCAGCAACACUUCCCACAACAAAACUUAGUGAUUCAAAGUGGUAAGGGUGGUUUUUCCUCUAACAGGGAGGUGAAGAAUGUACUUGCCAUUCUUGCAGCAUACAGUGUUAUUCAAAAUGUUCCCUCAAGCAAAGAUUGUUCAAAAAGCCCUCGGCUCAUUGUUCAAAGUCUAAAUUUUACGCUGUUCACAUUAUAUAGAACAUGAUUCCGCAGUCCUCUUUUAAGAUAUUCCUGCACUAUCUCAUUGAUCUUCUUUGAUUUCAAGAGCUACAUUACUCUCCUGGGCUGGUUCAGUCUUCUUUACUUUUCUAGUUUUCUUAUAAGCCUUAUUAGCAUCAUGUGCUUCUGCCAGUUCUUUGCACAACCCUUCCAUAUGUGCAGCCUGAAAUGUGUGAAUUAAUAAGGAAAAAAAUCCCAAUGAAUAUGAAUCCUUAAACUCCAAUAUGUGCAAUAGACUUUUUCCUUCUUAUUGCUAUUUGAACAUUUUAAAUAAGUAUACACUAAAACAGUGGAUGAGGUUCUAGGUUCUGAUUGGCUAAUCAAACAUCAAAUUUCCUUUGUGCAGGAUUUGCACCCAAAAAUAUCAUAAGUAUUGAAGGGUUAAAUGAGUUAAAAUCACCUUUUUGUGCUAUAUUUUCUCACUGUUUUAGUAUAUACUUAAACAACCACUCACUGCAGUGUUGGUGGCUAGUGAUGGAUAUUAACUUUGUGGCUUUGAAAAUGUCGACAAUUGGCCACCUCAACUUCUGUGAAAAGUUGUUAAUUAUCCAGCAGGUAGGUUGUGAGAAUGAACAAACCCUAACCCUAUCAGUGGAGGGUGUUAUCUUGAUGUUAUACCAAAUUCUGUUACUGGUAACUACUUAACAAAUGCAAAGCCUGUAGAAGGGAGUUGAAGGAUUAAUUAAUGAUACCACAAAUAUUAGGUAAGUGGUAAUUUUAAUGAUCAGGAGAAUUUUCUAGACAAAAUAAAGAUCUUGUACACAC